UAGCCAACCCUUCAAAACAAAGAAUGUAGGGCUCAUAAAUCCAGAAAACAUCAGGUCUGACUAAAAGAGAAGAAAAGAGAAAAACAAAAUCUCACAACAACACACAGAGCUCUGUCUAUUGAAAAAGGACUUGGCAGGGUUCAGCGGUGGCAGAACAACUCCAAGUGGUACUAAGGGACGUGCCCGGAGUGGACAAAUCAUGCUAAUUGUGUGAGAGGGACUGAAAACUAAACCCAAAAUGAAGAGGGAAAGGCAAGUCUUGUCCAGAGUUCUCAGUGCUCCGGGUUUCGUGCAGUUAGCUUGCCUUUUUAUAAUCUACACAGAUCUAUUAGAAGGAGUCAAUAUCACCAGCCCAGUGCUUUUAAUUCAUGGUACAGUUGGUAAGCCUGCCCUCCUCUCCGUGAAAUACACCAGCACCAGCAAUGAUAAACCUGUGAUUAAGUGGCAAGUGAAGCGGGACAAGCCUGUUACUGUGGUACAGUCUAUUGGGACGGGGAUUAUUGGAAACCUGCGUGCGGACUACAGGGAUCGGAUUAAAAUAUUUGAAAACGGCUCCUUGCUGAUCAAUGAACUGCAGUUGUCUGAUGAGGGCACGUACGAGGUGGAGAUCUCCAUUACAGAUGACACCUUCACAGGAGAGAUGAAUAUUAACCUUACAGUGGAUGUUCCCAUUUCAAAACCUCAUGUUGUUCUGGCUUCCUCCACUGUAUUGGAGCUAAGUGAGUAUUUCACAUUGAACUGUUCGCACGAGAAUGGCACCAAGCCCACCUACACGUGGCUGAAGGAUGGCAAGCCGCUCAGCAACGACUCCCGCCUGAUCCUCUCCCAUGAUCAGAAAGUGCUCACCAUUUCCCGAGUCCUAAUGUCUGAUGAUGACACAUACAGUUGUCUGGUAGAGAACCCCAUCAGCAGUGGGCGUAGCAUCCCCAUAAAACUGACCGUGUACAGAAGGAGCUCUCUCUAUAUAAUUCUUUCUACAGGAGGGAUUUUUCUUCUAGUUACCUUAGUGACCGUCUGUGCCUGUUGGAAACCAUCCAAGAAGAGCAAACGCAAACUGGAGAAGCAAAGUUCCUCUGAAUAUAUGGAUCAGAAUGAUGAGCAUUUAAAACAUGAAGUUGAGAUUGUUCCCCGGAGGGAAGAACAUGAGCGGAAGAAUCCUGUUGCUUUGUACAUCUUGAAAGACAAAGAACCUCCAGAAGUAGAAGAGGAAUCCCUUCCCGAUUCCAGAAAUGCUGCUGAACCAACACCACCCAGUUACUCCAGCUCCCCGCCUCCCCCUGGAAGAUCACCUGGACCGCCUGUUCGGUCCGCUCGCAGAUAUCAUCGCUCCCCAGCCCGGUCUCCAGCCACCUCCAGAACACACAUAUCACCCACCAGGUCCCCCACCCCACCGGGACGCACCCAAAACACCACACGCUUGGUGCGGACUGCUGGAGUUCAUCUCAUCCGAGAGCAGCAAGGGGAAGCCAGCCCAGUGGAAGUCAAUGCCUGCGGGUAGUCAGCAGUGCAUGUGCAGUGAAGAAGCCUCUCUCUACUUGUGAAUGUUUUUUGGGGGGAGGGAUAGCAGCAAUGAGUUUGCACUGGGCAUGUGUACGUGCGAAUGCAUAUUUCCUCUAAAGGGAAGAUGCCUGGAUUCUGCUUGUAGCUAAAAGUGAAUCACAGUGUACCAUUGGCUGGAUGGACCCGCUUUAAAAAAAAAAGUUUACAGUAGGUUCAAUGCUUCCUGCUUCAAUAUGUUUUUUUUUUAAAAGGCACUAACUUCCUAUUUGUAACACCGAAGGAGCAGCACCACACAGAUGUGACUAAAGCUUUAGCUUUUGGGGAUGCCCAACUAAUUGUCUUUAAAAGUCUGAUGUUUCUAUCCACUUUGGGAUUUUGUGUGCAUUAGCAAAGCAUGGGAGACUGUAGCCACUGGGAAUGUAUCCAUCAGUCGCGUGUUUCGAAUGAGAUCAGUGUUGUCAAGGAUACCCUGAUAUCCAAGUAAUUUUUUUUUGUUAUAUAUAUAUAUAUAGCCCGAUCUCAGAAACUAGGCAGGGUUGGUACUGGAAAGGGAGACCACCAAGGAAGGCUUUGCAGAGGAAGGCAAUGGCAGACCACCUCUGCUUCUCGCUUGCCUUUGAAGCCCACUGUUGGGGUCUCCAUAAGUCGAUUGUGACUUGAUGGCUCUUAUGCAUGUAUGUGUCUUAUUAAGCUUCUAGCAACCCAGAUUGGUCUGCGGUCUCCUGUUCUUUAGGAGCUGCCAGCAGUUGUCACUGAUAGCCGUUACUGACUCUUGAAGCCUUAACUAGGUUCUUGUUUCAGGAUUUUGAUUAAGAAAACAUAUCCCAUUUCAGAUAUUCCUGUUCCACCUCUAGCUUUUCUUGCCACAGGCAUUAACUCCUAUGAAAUCACAGUAAUUCCACAAAGGACUCCCCAACCACCUCUCCCAGACAGAGGUACCACUCUCAGGAUAGCGUAACAGCCAGCUUUGUGUUGUUUAUCCUGGAUUUAUUUUAGUUGGACUUUCUGGAAGUGCAGUAACUCAUGCUGACCUGUGAAUGAACUUAUAUCCAGACGUAUGGACCUAGAGCAAGAUUUGUUUGGCUGUCUCCAUGCUUGAGCACGUGUGUACGUACCUCUGUGGGCCGCCAAACCAUGUGCUCAAGGAGCACACAUUCACAAAGAGCUGAAUACCAGUUUCUGAGAUGGAAAAGCUGAGAGUCUUCUCUGUGCAAUCCUGGGGAGAGCCAUAGCUCAGCGGUAGAAUGCAUGCUGUGCAUCGGUAAGGUUCCAGGUUCAAUCCCUGGUGCCUCUCCUUGUUAAAGGGUCGUGGAUAGGAGGGCUGGGAAAAGCCCUUGCCAGAGAGCACCUGCUGGUUGGAGUUAGAUGUACUAGGCUAAAUAUACAGUCUGAUGGGCCAAGGCAGCUUUCUGUGUUCACAAAAACCUAACUAUGGCAAGGCUGUGCUUUAUUAAGGUUAUUUACGUGGUUCCCUUUGGAUGUUAGUAGCAAAAGCAAGGCAUUGCUCUGCUUUAAAGAAUUUAUGCUUGCAAGCCAAGGAAUCAGUCUUGGGGAUCUUCAGCGGCUGGAAGAACGAACCACGCAGUUGUGUUUAUGUAUUUUGUCUCCUCCAGGCCGGAAGUGCCAGGGUGCAGGCAUUGACUUGAAUGAAAUGCCAAGUUUGAUACGUGCUUUAUGGAGUUUGUCAGAUGGAUAUAAGUUAUAUAUUGCAUUAAAUCUUAGUUAAGAAUGUG